GUAGAAGGUGGAUGUGGUGUUGCCGACGGUGACGGCGGCGCGGCUGAGAUCGGCGGUACCGGAUCUGUUGAGAAAUCGAUUAACGAAGUUAGGUCCACGGAGAUCCAAACCUCUGAGCCAACGGUUCUUCCAAGUCAACUUACUAUUUUCUUUGGUGGGAGUGUUACUGUGUUUGAUGGACUUCCAGCAGAAAAGGUUCAAGAAAUCCUCCGUAUUGCUGCUAAAGCAAUGGAGACUAAGAAUUCUACAAGCAUCAGUCCUGUCCAUUCGCCAGCACUGAACAGAGCUCCUUCUUUCUCAAGCACAUCUAAUGUCGCUUCACCAGCUGCACAGCCAUUUCCUAUUCAGCCAAUCUCGUUUUGCAGAUCCGCGGCUGAUUUACCUAUUGCAAGGAGGCAUUCGCUUCAACGAUUCCUCGAGAAAAGACGAGACAGAUUGGUCAACAAAAACCCUUACCCUACUUCUGACAUCAAAAAGACAGAUGUCUCAACACGCAAUGUCUCUAUCAAGGAGGAAUUUCCGACUGCUUAGCAGAAGAUCAAACCUCAAGGCUACAAUAAGCUUUUGAGCAAACUAAGUAAAAUGUUAUGUCAAUAUGGUUAAUAUGAUAAUCUAUCAUGUACGCUGCUGUGUGUAAUGUGUUGUAUAAUAGUGUCUGUAUAGGUUUGCUAGACAAACCGAAGAUUGUUUCCAUGUCUGGAGUGGUCAGAUAUGUUUGUCGUUUUACAAGUCUACUGAAGAAACUAUUGUAGUUUUA